GAGGAACCACAAACCCCAGAAGUCCUCGCGCCCACUCUUCUCCCUCCCCUCUCGGAGUCGGAGUGCUGUUUUUGUUGUUGGUGAAAGGUGAGGGAACAGCUGAUCCGUUUGUGGGGAGAGCACAUUAUCUCAAGGGAAGAUGGAAGAAUCAUCACUAAGCCGGGCACCAUCUCGGGGUGGAGUCAGCUUUCUGAAUGUGGCCCGGACCUACAUCCCCAACACCAAGGUGGAAUGUCACUACACCCUUCCCCCAGGCACCGUGCCCAGUGCCAGCGACUGGAUUGGUAUCUUCAAGGUGGAGGCUGCCUGUGUUCGGGAUUACCACACAUUUGUGUGGUCUUCAGUGCCUGAAAGUGCAACUGAUGGUUCCCCCAUCCAUGCCAGUGUCCAGUUCCAAGCCAGCUACCUGCCCAAACCGGGAGCCCAGCUCUACCAGUUCCGAUAUGUGAACCGCCAGGGCCGGGUGUGUGGGCAGAGCCCCCCUUUCCAGUUCCGAGAGCCAAGGCCCAUGGAUGAACUGGUGACUCUUGAGGAGACUGAUGGAGGCUCUGACAUCCUGCUGGUUGUCCCCAAGGCAACUGUGCUGCAGAACCAGCUGGACGAGAGCCAGCAGGAGAGGAAUGACCUGAUGCAGCUGAAGCUGCAGCUGGAGGGGCAGGUCACGGAGCUGCGCACCCGAGUACAGGAGCUCGAAAAGGCUCUGGCAACUGCCAGGCAGGAGCACUCAGAGCUGAAAGAGCAGUACAAGGGGCUUUCCCGGUCCCAUGGGGAACUCACAGAAGAGAGGGACAUCUUGAGCCGGCAACAGGGAGACCAUGUGGCACACAUCCUGGAACUGGAAGAUGACAUCCAGACCAUCAGUGAAAAAGUUCUGACAAAGGAGGUGGAGCUAGACAGGGUUAGAGACACAGUGAAGGCCCUGACUCGGGAACAAGAGAAGCUCCUUGGGCAACUAAAGGAAGUACAAGCAGACAAGGAGCAAAGCGAGGCUGAGCUCCAGAUGGCACAACAGGAGAAUCGUCGCUUAAAUUUAGAGCUGCAGGAAGCCAAGGACCGGCAGGAAGAGCAGGGUGCUCAGACCCAGCGACUAAAAGACAAGUUGGCCCAGAUGAAGGACACCUUAGGCCAGGCCCAGCAGCGGGUGGCUGAGCUGGAGCCCCUGAAGGAGCAGCUUCGAGGGGCCCAGGAGCUGGCAGCCUCAAGCCAGCAGAAAGCCACCCUUCUCGGGGAGGAGUUGGCCAGCGCAGCGGGAGCCAGGGACCGCACCAUAGCCGAACUACACCGCAGCCGCCUGGAAGUGGCUGGAGUCAAUGGCAGGCUGGCUGAACUCAGUCUGCAUUUGAAGGAGGAAAAAAGCCAGUGGAACAAGGAGCGGGCAGGAAUUUUGCAGAGUGUGGAGGCAGAGAAGGACAAGAUCCUGAAGCUGAGUGCAGAGAUACUUCGUCUGGAAAAGGCAGUUCAGGAGGAGAGGACCCAGAAUCAAGUACUCAAGACUGAAUUGGCCCGGGAAAAGGAUUCUAGCCUGGUGCAGUUGUCAGAGAGUAAGCGGGAGCUGACAGAGCUGCGGUCAGCCCUGCGUGUGCUCCAGAAGGAAAAGGAGCAGUUGCAGGAGGAGAAGCAGGAACUGCUAGAGUACAUGAGAAAACUGGAGGCCCGCCUUGAGAAGGUGGCAGAUGAGAAGUGGAAUGAGGACGCUGCCACAGAGGACGAGGAGGCCACUGCAGGACUGAGCUGCCCAGCAGCUCUGACAGACUCAGAGGAUGAAUCCCCAGAAGACAUGAGGCUUCCGCCCUAUGGCCUAUGUGAGCAUGGAGACCCAGGCUCCUCUCCUGCUGGGCCACCAGAAGCUUCUCCCCUAGUUGUCAUCAGCCAACCAGCUCCCAUUGCUCCCUACUUCUCAUGGCCAGCUGAGGACAGUACCUCUGACUCGGAGGCUGAAGACGAGAAGUCAGUUCUGAUGGCAGCUGUGCAGAGUGGGGGUGAAGAGGCCAACCUGCUGCUUCCUGAACUGGGCAAUGCCUUCUACGACAUGGCCAGUGGCUUUGCAGUGGGCCCCUUGUCAGAAGCCAGCACUGGGGGCCCUGCCACCCCGCCAUGGAAGGAGUUCCCUAUUUGUAAGGAGCGCUUUCCAGCUGAGAGUGAUAAGGAUGCCAUGGAGGACCACAUGGAUGGACACUUCUUCUUCAGCACCCAGGCCCCCUUCACCUUUGAGUGAUCUCACCUCUCCCUUAUACAAGCGCAAACACACAUUUAAACACAUACGCACACUCAGACACACACACACACAUUUAGGUCUCAUGCCUCUUUUCCAACACAAUGGGCUCCAUGAUAUUCUGUUCCCUAAGAACCACUCCCGUGUGCGUUUUUAUCCCAAGCUCUCCAACCUCAUCCUCUCCUACCCAGCUCUUUUAUCCAGGCAGGGGUCCUUCCUGAAGCAGUGGCUGAAUUUACCUCCUGAAAGCGGUUUUGAAGGAACCAAGAUGGAGGAGGCCUUCCCCCUCCUAGCCCUGGUUGCUUCUGUCACUCACCAGCCACCACACGCACCACCACCACUGCACACACGCACACGCACACACACUCACUCUGAUGCCCCAAUGCCAGUCCCUGGGGCACUCUACCCUCUUAUCUGAGGUCUGUGUUUGUUCCCCUGAGUUUUCUCUGGGGCCUGCAUUGAGGCAGCAGCAUGGACAUUAUGACCUCUUCAGGUCUAGUUCUGAGCUUCAUUGGUUCCUUUUACUGCCCCCCUACAUUGCCUUCCACACUCCACCCCAGCCUUUUUCCAUACCAUUAGAUGUUAAGUUUGGAGGUUUCUUUUGUAUUUUUGAGGUUUUCUGUACUCUAUCUCCUAGCACUCUCUCCCUCCAACCCCUAGUGUCCUCACAUGGAAUGAAAUAAUGCAUUGUGCCUUCUGUGAGGGAUGGGGGAACAAACGGUCCCAGGUUCUCCCACUUACCAGGCCUUCCUCCUUCUCCAGGUUCCCCCAUAGCAAUAAGAGCUUUCCCCUCCAGUACUCCUCCCCCCACCUGUAGUUUGGACAAAUAUAUUUAUAUGGUAUGUAUAACUCUUCUAAUAAAAUGUGCUCUUAUCAUGAGGUGUGACUAGAGCAAAGAAGGUCCAGA